AUGGCCGAUGAGGACUCCAAGGGGAACAAGAGGUCCCAUGAGGCCUUCGCUGCCCAAGAUGACGACAGCUCUUCGGACGACGACAUGGGUCCUCAGCUGCCCUCAGAAGCCCCGAAGAAGAAGCGCCGGGUCCUCCCCUACGAGAAACUAUAUGUUGCCGCACUUCCCAAAUCGACCCGAUAUUCAAAGUCCCUGAUGCACAAGGAGCAACUUGCCUUCGUGACUGUCACGCCACUCACAGAUUUCAUCAUCACAUCCUCCAUCGACGGCGUCGUCAAGUUUUGGAAGAAAGUGGCGCAGGGAAUCGAGUUUGUCAAGGAAUUCAAGGCGCAUGCGGACGAGAUCCGAUCAGUCUCGGUCAGUCAAGACGGAAGGAGCUUCGCGACCGCUGGUACAGACGAGACCGUCAAGAUCUUCGACGUCAUCACCUUCGAUCUCCUGGCCAUGCUCAAGCUGAAAUUUGUGCCUCGGUGCGUGUGUUGGGUUCACAACAGAGGGGCUUCUCUUCCUUUGCUUGCGGUGUCCGAAGACACCAACUCCAACAUACAUAUUUUCGACGGUCGAGGAGAGAGGCAAGACCCUAUACACAGUAUCAAGUCACUGCAUAGAAGCCCAGUGUCUAUCAUGGUAUUCAACAGCCUAUACGAUUGUGUGCUAUCUGCGGACGAUAAAGGUAUGCUGGAGUACUGGCGGCCGAGCGGCGACUACGAGAAGCCGGAUAAUGUCUUCGAGUUCAAGGCCUCCACAAACCUGUUUGAGUUCAAAAAGGCAAAGUCGAUUCCGACGUCAAUCACCAUUUCGCCUACAGGGAAGCAAUUCGUAACAUUCUCCCAGCCAGACAGGAAAAUCCGAAUCUUCGACUUCGCGUCCGGCAAACUGUACCGGACAUAUGACGAGUCGCUACAGGUCAUCGAGGAGAUGCAACAAGCCGGUUCCGUUCUUCAAAAAUUAGAAACCGUCGAAUUUGGGCGACGUUUCGCAGUCGAACGGGAGAUCGACUCGGCGGCGUACAAAAACAAGGCCAACGUCAUCUUCGACGAAUCUGGCAACUUUAUCAUCUAUGGCUCAAUCGUCGGCGUCAAAGUGCUCAACACCUACACCAACCAGAUCGUCAGGGUGUAUGGCAAAGAUGAAAACUUCCGAGCGGUCAACCUGGCGAUCUAUCAAGGUCAGCCGCAGAAGAAAGGCAUCACCACCGUGGAGAUGGGUGCCUCUGCCAACCCUCUGCUCCAGGAGUCCGAGUCGAGGGACCCUAUUCUGAUUGCGACGGGAGUGAACAAGCAGCGAUUUUACAUGUUCACCAAUGAUGAAGACAUAUCCAAAUCAGUAAGAGAUGUACAGAACGAGAAGCCUACAAUUCUUGGCCAGAAGAAGGCUGCAGAGGCCAAGAAGAUCGAAACAGGAACUGCAGCAGUCAUCCACACGAGCUAUGGCGACAUCCACAUCCGCCUGUUUCCCGAUGCUGCUCCCAAGGCUGUCGAGAACUUCGUCACGCAUUCGAAGAAGGGCUACUACAAUAACACAAUCUUCCAUCGUGUAAUUCGCAAGUUCAUGAUCCAGGGUGGAGAUCCUCUUGGCGACGGCACCGGUGGCGAAAGUAUAUGGGGCAAGGAGUUCGCGGAUGAGUUCAGUAGUCUGAAGCACGACAAGCCAUACACCGUCAGCAUGGCUAAUGCAGGCCCAAACACCAAUGGGAGUCAGUUCUUUAUCACUACAGAAAAGACGCCGUGGCUGGACGGAAAGCACACCAUCUUCGGGCGUGCGACUCAGGGGCUGGACAUCAUCCACAAAAUCGAGAACGUACGGACGUACAAAGAGAAGCCAGAGGAAGACAUCAAAAUCCUCAACAUCGAUAUAGUAUAG